AUGGACGAGGUUCUAGGGGCCGUCAGUCUGUUGGCACAAGAUCAAUAUGGCAAUUAUGUUGUUCAGCAUGUACUGGAGCAAGGAAGACCACAUGAGCGGUCAGCUAUAAUUCAGGAAUUAGCGGGGAAUAUAGUUCAGAUGAGUCAGCAGAAGUUUGCCUCCAAUGUUGUGGAGAAGUGCUUAACUUUUGGUGAUCCUACUGAACGUCAACUCCUGGUGAAUGAGAUGCUUGGCACAAAUGAUGAAAAUGAGCCUCUUCAGGCAAUGAUGAAAGAUCAAUUUGCAAAUUAUGUUGUACAGAAAGUACUGGAAACUUGUAAUGAUCAGCAACGUGAACUGAUCCUCUCCCGGAUAAAGGUUCAUUUGAAUGCACUGAAGAAAUACACAUAUGGAAAGCAUAUCGUUGCUCGUGUAGAAAAACUUGUUGCUGCUGGGGAAAGGAGAAUUGCUGCUCAGACACUGUAG